AUGUCGCUCUACUACGAGGCGGCAACCGUUCUCACCAACCCCGACAAGGCUGGCGGGUCGCUGAAGUCUAGGAUAUACAAGAAGGAAGACCGGAAGAGUUCGCCAGCUCAGGUCUUUGCUCUUGUGACCGAGGCAUCGAAAUGGUCGCUAGUGUUGAAGGAGGUGAUUGAGAAGAGCGGGCUGCUGGCAGAGGAGAGGAAGCUCACCCCAAUCCUCGCACUCCUCCUGACGCACGACCUCCUCGUCUCAAAGAACGGCAUAGCCGCACCCACAAACCAUGUCCUCAAACUGUCAAUCAACAGGCACAAGGCACGAUUGACUGCUGAAUUUACGAAGGCACGGAUACGAGCUGGAUUUUCUACGCUAGAAGCACUGAAGAAUGCAAUAAACGAUGAAAAGCUUGAGAGUCAGGACACUUCACGAAAAAUACCCUUAUAUCCACGAUGGGUCCGAGUAAAUACUAUCAAGACUACAUUGGCGAAUCAGUUGUUAACCACCUUUGCGGAAUACGAGGAAGUCAGAGAUUUAGGACAAAUCCUCUCUGCAUCCAGCCGAUCGAAGGUGUACUUCAUUGAUCCGAACAUUCCCAAUCUUAUUGCCCUACCUCCUAAAGCCGACCUGGGCAGGUCCUCGGCUUAUGCACAGGGUGAUAUCAUCUUCCAGGACAAGGCAUCAUGCUUUCCAGCUUAUCUGCUAGACGUCAAGCCUGUAGACGGAGAUGUGAUCGAUGGUUGCGCCGCCCCUGGGAACAAGACUACACACUUAGCAGCCAUCAUCUCAGAGAAAACCUCUCAGACCCACCCUCGAAGCCUAUCUCAGAAUGUUAUAGCGUUCGAGAAGGACAAGAUUCGAGCCGUGAUAUUGGAGAAGAUGGUGAACCUAGCUUCAGCUGAGCAUAUUGUUUCAAUCAAGGGUGGGUACGACUUCCUAGCAACAAAUCCAGACUCACCUCAGUUCGCAAACGUUGGGGCUAUUCUUCUGGACCCUAGCUGCUCUGGCAGUGGUAUUGUCGGCCGCGAUGAUGUUAUUCGGAUGCAUCUCCCGGAUCCACAGUCUGGGAGAAGCGUGGGACCCAAAGCAAGCAAGAGCAGGAAGCGAAAGCGGGACCAGAAAAAGGAUCACGACUCACAGCUUAGCCCUACUAUAAAGCUAGAGCUCGACGAAUCAAUUGCCGAGGAAACUCCCGUCAACGAGGACUUGAACGAGCGCCUUGAAGCUCUCUCCACCUUCCAGCUCCGAAUUUUAACGCAUGCUAUGUGCUUUCCAAAGGCGCAGAAGAUAUCCUACUCUACAUGCUCCGUUCACUUCGAAGAAAAUGAGAAUGUUGUGUUUCGGGCCCUGGGCUCAACUGCCGCAACCGCACGUGGAUGGAAGAUAUUGAAGAGGGAACACCAAAUUGAUGGAUUAAUGAGCUGGAAGAAGAGGGGCUUUUGGGAUAAUGGUAAGCUCGGGAACGAUUUGGGAACGAGCCUUGAGGAAAGACAGGAUGUUCUUAAUGGAUGCAUCCGGUGCGAGAAAGGGACUGAAGACGGCACCAUGGGAUUUUUUGUCGCAGCAUUUGUUCGAGACGAUGCAUCCGCACAGAAUGGCUUCAAAACAAAUGACGUGAGGCCAAUGCCUGCGCCUCUUGACAGUUAUGAGGAGCAUGAUUACGAGGAUGAUGAGGAAUGGGACGGCUUCAGUGACUAAGGCAUCCACCCCAUUCAAACGUCAUAACAGCCCAACUACAAGAAGCCAAAAGACAAGAGAGAGAAGAAGAUAAAAGGGACAUAGAGGUAAAAAGGGAAGCCUGGCAUGAUAUUAAGAUCUGCCCCUAAAGAGGACCAUAAGC